AUGCACGACGACGGCGGCGGCGGCGAUGGCAGGAUAUCGCGGACCGUGUCCGGGGAAUCCGAGUUCUACGACGCCGCGGACGGCGACGGCGAGCCGCUUAGCCCGGAUAGGUGGGCUCAUGCCGCCGGUGCAGCUGCAGCAGCGGUAAUGAGGAAGGGGCCCGCGGCUCCGCAGCCGGGGGGAGAGGACACCGGCAGCGGGGAGGAGGGGUGGCAUGUGGGUGUGUCUGCUGAAGCGGCUGCUGCGAAGGAGGGAGGAGGAGGAGCAAGAGGCGAUGACUCUGAUGGCGAUGAUGACAGCUUGGACUUUCAGGAUGCUCGCGACCCGGUGUCGGAGAUGGAUGAGAUGCUCAUGGCGAAGGAAGCGGAAAAGGCGGAGCUGAUGAAACAGCGCCAGAAACUUCGAGGGAAACUUGAGGAGAGGGAUCUGGCCGGCGAUGAGCUGCAUAGAGUCAGGGAAGGCAAAGCCUCGAGGGUAUGGCCAGGUAGUACAGCGCCAGCGAAGAGGUCGGCCUCGGAGGAGGUGUCGCAAAGGCUAGAGGCGUGCGAGGAGGAGCUCAAGGGCCUCGAGUCCGCGCUUGAGAAUGUAACGGAGGAGUUCGAACGGGCGGCGAAGAUGCUGGGGAUCGACAAUUCCGGCGGCGGCGGCGGGCGGUCACGCGACGAUGGUAGCAGCAACGGCGGCGUCGCUGGGGUGAGGAGAGAGGAGAUCAACGCCGACGCCUACGUCGACGGCCCAGCGAAGGAGAACGGCGGAACAAGCUUCACACCGCCGCCGUCGCCGCCACAGCAGUGCUUCCGCCCGGUGCUGUCUCCCCCGGGCCAAGAGGGUGGCAGCGGCGGCAGCGGCGGUGACCCAGGUUUCCGACCACCCGCUGGUCCAAACCGGGAGGUCAUCAUGUUGGGGCUGACGGUGCCGCUCAUUCAGGUCGACCUUUUGCAAGACAUGACCGCGCCAGCGUCGAGGGAGAAAAGAGACACGAGCGGACGGGGCGGAGAUGUUGUUUUUCUUGCUGCUUUUGAGGGGGGAGAGAGCGACGGCGGCGGCAGCAGCAGCGGCAGCGGCAGCGGCAGCAGCAGCAGCGGCAAGAGGAACGUUCGGUCGUCGGAUCAAGUCGUUGCGGGGUGGGAGGGAGAGGGAGAGGAAGAGGAGGUGGUAUCGCUGCGGCUUGUGGGGCUGGGCGUGCAGCUUCACAGCAAGUCUUACGGCGCGCGAUUCUCUUUUUCGAUGCAGGAUUUGGACCUUGAGGACCGCUUGCAAGAGUCCUCGAAGAAGCAUCGAACGAAGGCCGCGCGGAGCUUUGUACCAGACGGCGCCGCCGCCGUGGUGGCGGCGGUAGGCGAAGAAGAAGGCCAGAAGCCGAAGGCGGGUGACGAGGUGGGCGUGCCGUCGCGGCCGAAUUCGCUGCCGCCUACGCGGGACGGCGGUGGCGGCGGUGGCAGCGGUGGCGACGAAGACGGUGAGCAGCCGGCGGCCGGGGACAUGGCCACCACGAGACCCCGGCUGUGCCUGUGGCAGAGGUGCGACGGGGGGAACGGUGGGUGGACCGCCGCCGGGGGGAGCGGCGGGCCUCCCGCUCGGAGGAGGGAGGUGACCUUCCGCGGCGGUGAUGACCACAACGAUGGCAAGCUGUCGACGACUCCACCUGAAGGUGCAGCGGUGGUGUCGGCGGCGGCGACGGUGGCUACCGCUGCCGUAGCUUUGAAGAGAGAGAAAGCGGGCGGCGGCGGCGGGGGCGGGGUGGGUGGAGGAGGACGGGUCGGGGGGAGCGAGGGCAUGGGAUGCGUGCUGAGGCCGGACUUCAUCCAGCUAUCGUACGCCAUGAAAAAGAGUCCUGUCCGCGGCGGCAGAAGUGGGUCGCAAUGGGGUCAGGAGAGCCACCGCGUGAAGCUCCUCCUCGGGGCCAUCGAGAUUAGGCUAGAGCAGGCGACCCUCCUGGCGACCGCGAGGGUCCUAGCUGCUUUCUCGACGGAAGAUGAUGAUGAUGAUGCGGCCGCCGCCGUCUUGCCGCCGCCGCCGCCGCCGCCGCCGUCUGGUUCCGCACCAGCAACAACGUCCGCGCCCGCUACCACUGCUGCUGCUGCUGCUUCAGAGCGAAGUUGCUCGGAGCAGCGUCCUCCUGCCGCGGCGGCCUCUGCGGCAUCGCCGCCGCCUGCCGACGGCGGGGACAGCGGCGAUGGUGUCGGGGGCGAGGUUUCGAUGCCGAUGCUUCCGCCGGGAUUGUCCGUGUCGAUCGUGGUGGACCUGGCCGCCGUGAGCGUCGCGCUGACGGAGGCCGGGGUCAACGUCGCUGCUGUGGCGCUCAGCGCCGCGCACUGCAAGGUCAACGCUGAAAACGUACGUGUGAAAGCGGUGAUAAGCCUUGGCGAUCUGUACGUCCUGAACCUUCUGCGACCGCCGCCGCUACGAUCACCAGCCCUUUCCUUCGCGGGGGAAGGGGGACGGGGAGGAGGAGGAGGACGACCAGGACGAGGCGCCGUGACAGUCGAGCACUCCGCCGCCGGUCUCACCGGUGAUGCCGCUCGCCGAGAGCACGGGCUUGGCGGGGGCGGCAACCGCGAUGCUUUGGAUCGCCACGUCGGCGAUGAUGGUUCCCCCCUCGCUUGGGCGGAGCCGGUGCUGGGGCGCCGCAAGGGCGCGGUGGGGCCGGUGCUCGACGUGGCCUUGGUUGUCGUCCGAUGCGCGGCCGGGGGACACGCUCACACAGCCGGUGCCGAGAGCGCGACGGCGGGCCUAGACGGCGGCGGCGGUGGCGGCGGCGACGGCGGCGGCGGAGGCGGCGGAGGCGGGCUGGAGGCUCGCGUCAAGAUCAGGUUGGAUGCGGUAAGGACCGACCUGUCCGUUCCGUUUGUUGAGAACAUCGCGAGGCAUGUUCUCACGGGGCCGAUGAUGUCGCAGCUGCUGCUGCCGCAACCGCAAGGUGAUAGCUGCGCCGCCGCGGCCUCGCGAGACCGGGCCGCCUCAAGCGCCGCCGCGUCGCCGUCGCAGGCGCCGGCGGUGCCGGCGGCCGUGGUUGUGCCGCUACCGGUCGCAGGCGGAGCGCAAGCCACCGCUGACGAGGGGCUGCGGCGAGACUUUUCUGACUCGAACGGCACUGCUGCUGCUGCUGCCGCCGGUGCUAACGGUAUUGGGACGACAACGACGGGUGCGCCGGCCGGAAGCGUCGGAACAGGCUGGCGCGACGGUCCUCGGCAGGGCGGCGUUACGGAAGAUGACAACUCAUGGGAAAAUUUGGUUUUCAUCAAGGUUGGGUUGGAGGUGUGCGACUGCGAACUAGGCGUCCCACUCGACGGUGGUAUCUGCGCCGACGGCGGCAGCGGCGGUCUAGACGGCAUCAUCGCCGAUCGGGCGGGCAGUCGGGUUGCCGCUAAACUCGGCCUCCUUUUGACAGACGUGACGUGGAUGGCACCCGCCGUCAGGCCCGCCGCCACCACCGAAGCAGGCGGCGGCGGCGGCGGCGGCAGCGGCCCGGGGGGGAGCCUCUCCGUGGAAACGCUGGUGUCUUCCGCCGCGGUCAUGCUGGAACCGGAAGGGUUUGACUUGUUGGAGGCCGUGCACGCUCGAGUGCUGGGUAGGUUCCUGCUGGGGGCGACAGGAGCGGCAGACCCUCCUGCACCACCAACCGGCGGCGGGGACGGCGGCGGCCACACCGGACCCCCUCGGGACGAUGACGACCUCGCGGAGAAACUACGGGAGAGGUUGAGCCGUGGCGAUGAACCCGUUGCGGCGGCAACUCUGCUUCUUCCCCCGAGACCCGUCCUAUCGCGUAGCCAAGGCGAUGGUGCCAGUGCUGGUGCCGGUGCGGGCGGCGGCGGCGGCGGCGGCGGCGUUUCGGAACGUCCCCAGCUUGGGGUGGCGGUGACACCGGUUCGGUUCAACCUCACCGAGUCCCACAUGCUCGGCCUCGCGCGAUUUGCGAUGGACGCUUCCGACCGGCUGGCUGUUGUUUUCGCCGGGCCUUCUUCUUCGCCGUCACCUCCGCACCUUGAUCGUUCACAGCAUGGUGAGAGCACCACCGCCGUGGUAGAAGUAGACUCGGCGACCGACGAGCCUGAGCGGGAACGGCUAGCGUCUGUUUCGGUGGAGGGAUCGCAGGCUGCAGCAGUUGCAACAACAGCCGUAGUAGAAUCCCCCGAUGCCGGUGCCGGUGAUGUCGCCACUGGGAGUAACAAGAGCGACCAGGCGACGGCGGUGGCAAACGGUCGGGGUGCGGCGGCGCCAUCCCCUCUGCCGCCGGAAGGAGCCCGGGACCCGCCGCAGGGUGUCAAUGAAGCUGUUUCCACCCUUCCCCGGCACCAGCUUUCCAACGGACCGCCGCGCAACAACGACGCCACGCUUGGCGAGGGCGACCGGCAGCACGCGGGCGAGGGGCUGGCGACAUCAGCGGCGGCGGUAACGACGCCUGCACCUGAGACGGUGGCGGCGGCGAAGGCCCCAUCUGUCCCGCCCGCGUUCCUCGGGACUUUCAUCGUGGACGCCCUCAGCGUGAUGCUGCUGGAGGAGGAGGAGGAGGAGGAGGACUUAAGUCAACGCACCGGCGGCGGCCGAGCGACGGCCGCGGGUGCCCGUCCCGCCGGUGGUGGCUACCCCGAAGCGAGGAUCAACGGGGUCGCGCGAAAGCACCCAGCGCCUACUGACGGAGCGGUGACCGACACCGCCGCGCCGGCCGGCCGCCGCCGCCGACGCGGCGGGGGGGGCGAAGAACGACAUCGGGGCACAAGAGCGGCUGCGAUCCCCGGGACUCGGCACCUCUGCUACUCCGGCUUGGUAUUCCUGGAGGUCGAAGGAAUCGGUGUCGGGGUCGACGUCCCUUCGCCCGGGGCGGCGGCGGCGGCGGCGACGGCGUCCCAGUCUUCGCCGGUCAUGCAUACGGCUGCGGCCGAAGCGGCGGUGGUGGUGGGCAGUGCACCAGACGAGCAGUUCGGCGGUAGAGUAUAUCAGCAGCAGCAGCAGCAGCAGCAGCAGCAGUGUCGAGCAGAGUUUGCCAUCAAGAGGAUUUCGCUGACGGAUGUGAGCGAUAGAAGGCGCCGGCUGGGCGCACUCGCCAAGCUUAUCGGCGGCGACGAUAUUGCCGCCGACGGUGGGCCAGGGCCAGCGGCGGGCAGCGCGGAAGGGGGCGAGGACGGUCGCCGCCGAGAGAACGGCGGCGGUGACGAGUUGCGGGUUCUCCCCGCGGCUUGGUGGCGGCAACCCCGCGAGACCGAGAGCGGGAGUGAGCGGGAAGAAGUGCACGACGGCGGCGGCGGAUACGACGAACAGGUGCUGCUCCGCGCGUGCGUGUGCCCGGUUUCGGGCACGGCAACGGCCGACGCUCGCCUGGCGUCCGGGCGCUUCGUGUUGCUGGCGGCGCCCCUGUUGGACGUCUUCGGCGUGGUGGCCGGCGUCCAACGAGGACUCGCCAGGGGUCCUUCUUGUGGAGCAGAGUCGGGCGUUGUUGCUGGUGCUGUAGAAAACGAGGAGAGUAGUCUCGGGGCUAGAGGCGGCGGUGAGGAUGGCAAUUCGGCACGAGUAGACGAGGCACCUACGGCCGGGGGGGUUCGGCCAGCAGACGAGAGGCUGCUGCGGCCGUCGGCGGCGAGCUCGCCGCCGCCGCCACCGCGGCAGGAGGAGGGCCGCAGCGGUGAUGCCGCCACGGGUAUCCCCGAAGAGGAAGAAGACGGGCGCCGCAACAACUGGCGGUGGCAGGCGUCUCGCGCGCUGAGCGACGCCGGUCUCGCGGAGAUGCUCUGGCUGCGACGAAUCUACGUGUCGGCGUCCGCUCACGACCUGCAGCUGUGGCUUCCCGGCGGCGCCUCGGCUGCGACGGCGGUGGACGGGGAGGCCGGUGUGGAAGCGAUUGUCGCGGCCUGCGGGCGCUGUCACGCGGCCUUGUCGAUCGCGGUGGGCUUGGUUGCCGAGGGCCCGGCGGGGACGGUGUCGUCUGUUGAGCGCUCCCCUCGUGCCGCCGGUCCGCCGACGACCCCACCCCGAGCGGGGCCGCGAGGGGGCGAGGAGAAGGUUGACGCUGCUGGUGCUGCUGCCGGCGUUGCUGCUGCUGCUGAUACCGAUGCUGCUGAGACAACGGCUGCCGAGCUCUGCGUGAUGAGCCUAGGCCUUGAAGGCCUGCAGGUUUUCGUCGCGCGGCCGUCGAUGUCAGACUUUGGACCCUCGCAGCAAGAGUCGUCGCCUUCGCCGACGCAGCCGGAGGAGGCAGUGCCGGCUGGUCUUCGAGGAGCGGAUGAUGGCCAAGAGCGGCAGCCCACCGCACCCGCGCCCGCGCCGGCGGGGACGACCGGACGCUGCCUUCGGGGUGGUUUGUCGAACGGCGAGGGACUCGUCCUCCCUUUCCGCGUGGACUUCAAGCACGUUAUUUUGGCACGGUCCCCUCCGACGCCGCCGUCGUCAUCAUCGACGGCAGCGGCGGUAGCGGCCCCGUCGCCGCAGCUCGUUAGCGAAUUGGAUGGAUCGGUGUCCCCGAUAACGGUGCGCGUUUUCUUAGACUUCCCGCUGGCGGCGUGCAUCAUGACGAACUCGCUUGGACCGCUGCUGCUCGCGGCCGGCGGCGGCAGCCCGCCGCCAUCGUCAACGGGGGCGUCCUCCGGUCCUGGGGCGGCGGCGGCAGCGGCAACGGACGGGGCGGCAAGCACACCCUCCUCCCUGUCGCACGGCGGCGGCGGACGGGGCCCCGGUGAAUCACCAGCGGGUGUGGCCGCCACUCCUCCUCCUGUUUCUCCUUCUACCGCAGCACUACCGGCGGCGACUGCAGUGUCGGAGCUGGCGACGAUGUGGACUUGCCGCGGUCGAUUUCAGGCGGCGGGCGCGAGGAUGAAGAUCGUGAAUAACUUCUACCGGCAGAAGAGGCCUGCCGUCGUCGUCAAGGUGGGGAAGGAGAGGCCCCUUCGGUCACUUUUGCUCAUGGUCCCGGCUGUCACGGGGGAGCUGACGAUGUCGGGCGCCGCUCGGAGUCUUCACGCCGCCGUCUCAUCCAAGAUAGAGUCCGACUUCUACAACGCCAGGCUCAUGGCGUGGGAGCCCCUGAUGGAGCCGUGGGGUGCUAGGGUGGAGCUCGAGGUCGGCCUUGGCGGCGCCGGCGCCGGCGCCGGUGCACGGCGAAGCACCGGGCGGUUGGAACCUUCGCCGCCUGCUUCGUCGGCCGACCGGGCGGGCAGGCUUUCUCUCCCCGGACACCACGGGAGAGGGAGAAUAAACGGCCGCGACCGCGGCGGCGGCGGCGGCGGCGGAGGCCGUGGUCGCCAGCUGCAAGGGCUGGCGCGACGGCUGUCGACCCACGGAGUGCCUUGGCGCCAGCAGCAGCAACGGGAGUCGACGACGGGAGGCCUCGACCGGGGGUCCGCGAGUGGGGAGGGGGGGCGAGGGAACAGGGCCACGGGGGGUCCGGGGGGGGUAUUCGUUGACGUGAGAUUCGUGUCUGAAGACGUCCUCAACCUCAACCUCACGGAAUCGCUCGUCGAGAACCUCGCCGCCAUCGCGCACGCCCAGCAGCGGCAGGGGGAGUCGGAGAGGCAAGGCCGCGGUUGGACCGGCGCUGCGGCUGCCGCUGCCGGCGCCGGCGACAACUCCUUCUCGCUCCACUGGCUCCGCAACGAGACCGGCCUCCCCGUCGUUUGCUCGGCCCACUACCGUGAACCCCGCGGCGGCGGCGGCGGCGGCGGCGGCGGCGGCGGCGGCGGCGGCGGCGGCGGCGGCGGCGGCGGCGGUCUUGGUUUGACCGACGGCGAGGAUGAUGCCGAAGCGGUGGCGGUACCCGUGAAAGUGCCGGUCGGCCAAGAAGCACCGGUGGCGGCUUCGUUGGGCCGGCCCGUUCGCGCGGUAGUCUUGGAGUUGGAGGAGAAGGACGGGGAAGUGGAGGAGGAGGAGGAAGCGGCGACGAGCUGGCGGUCGCUGCGGCCGAUCGCUCUGGACGUUGCGGGCGGGCAAAGGCUGGCGAAAAUGGUUGCUGAGACAGCGGCGUCGGCGGCGGCGUCGGCGGCGGCGGCGUCGGCGGCGGCGGCUUCGUCCUCGUUUUCUACUCGCGAGGGCAGGCAUUCAUCGGCCGGGGACGCUUCCGAGAUGUUGCGGUCGUCGUUGUCCAACGAUAGGACCACGACGUCGUGGCGACCGGGAAGCUGGACGUGGGCGGCGCUGGCCUUGGCGGCGGCGCCGGAAGACGUGGCGGCGGGAAGGAAAGGAAGGGAGGCCGUGGAAGUGGUGACGGAAGUGGAAUCUUAUCGCGGCUUCAAGAUGCUGCGCAUCCGGAGUCUGGUCGAGGUUGCGAACGGCAUGGGCGGCGACGUGUGUCUGCACGUGGGGCUAGUCGGACAGGAGGAGGCGCCGGGAAGCAGCAGGGGGAGGCGCAGCCGCGGAGCCCCUCGAGCCGGUUCCCGGUUCGAGUGGGAGACGAUGGUUUUGCCCGGUCGAUCGUGCCCGGUCCCCGCCACCUUAGCGGCGGCGGUGGUGGAAGGACGGAAGCUACUCGUCGUCAGGCCGGUCUUGCGCCGCCGCCGCCGCGGCGGCUCCUGCCGCCACGACCAGCCACCACCAGGGGGAUCGUCAGACGCCACCACGGGAAGGCUGCCUGACCAGUCCUCCUCCUCCUCCUCCUCCUCCUCCUCCUCCUCGGGGGUUGAUGAUGGCUUUUCUGCUGCUGCUGCUGCUGCUGCUGCUGCUUCGUUGCCUGGUGGCCACGGCGAGCGGGGGGCGCAGGCUGCUUCAGAAGCAGGCGUAGUGGCAGAAGAGUUUCAAGAGGCGCUCCUCGUCCUCCCCGACCGGGAAGAAUGGGGCCUCCGCGAAGAUACCACCACGGACAAGACUGCGAGCUUCCACCGCACCCUCGAGUUCGCCCGCGCGGGCCCCCCGCAAGCCGGAAGCACGAGGCCAAUAUUCUGCGGGGUUUCCGUUGCCAGGAAGGCGCCGGCGCCGAAGACCGGCGCCGGGAACGGCGCCGGAGGGAAGGUGACCACGGUCUCGUUCGUGCCGACCAUGUCGCUCACCAACUUGUUGGCCGCGCCCGCGGGCGUGCGGCUGUCGUGCCCGUCGUCGUCUCCGUCCUUGACCUACCUUCGUGCCCGGGCUAAGAGCGCCGGGGGUGACGGAAGCGGCGGAGACCGGGCCGCCGCCGCUGGCGGGGGAGGGGCGGGGGAGUGGGCAUGGUCCGACACGAUCGAGCGAGGGGACGAGUUGUCAUGGCUUCACUGUCCACCGGACGAAGAGGCAAGUGCAGUGACCGCGGCCGUCUACCUGGAGGGGUUCGGGUGGAGCAAAGACUUCGUACUGCCGCUCCCGCCGCCGCCGCCGCCCGCACCGUCGGCAGAAGAGCACGACGGCAGCGAUGGCGGCGGCGGCGAGGGGGGGCUCCUCCGCCGCGACUCAGAAUCGGGGGGGGCGACAUUGCGCUCCUCUCGGUCCUCCGCCGCGCUUCCGAGCGACGCUCUCACGGACGCCGAGAUCGCCGCUGCCGCCGGAGGGGCUGCGGGCGCAGACCAGCUUCCGCCGCCGCCGCCGGCGGCGGCAGUGCCCUGGACAACGGCGCAGAGGAACCUCUGGCGCAAGCGGCGGCUUGGCGGCGGUGGAGGCCUGGUGGCCGGCGGCGGCGGGGUGGAGGAGGCAGCAGCGGUCGUGAGUGUCAUCGUCGAAGUGGGGCUCAGCGAUGUGCGCCAAGGGGGGGAGGGGGGGCUUCGGGUGAACGCUGAGGUGGCGUUUUUGGCGUGCGGGCGUCGGGAGGUGUCGCUGUGGGUGCCCUACUGGGUCGUGAACGCCACCUCGCUGCCGCUGACGCUCCAGCACUACCUGCACGCUUCGAGGCUUAGCGGCGGCCACGCCUACGACACUUCGGGGGGGGGAAACCCCCUUUUCUGGGAAGGCGGCGGCGCGGCGGCCGGCCUAGGUGGCGCCGCCGCCGCCGCCGCCGCCGCCGCCGUCGCGGGCGAGGAGAGGUCGCAACACCUCCGGCUUACCCCGGCGACGGCGGCGACGGACCGUGCCUCCAGCGUAGAGAACGCCGUCGCCACCGUCGCCACCGCUGUCGAGGAGGCGGUGGCGGCGGGGGGGGAUGUCGGGACAGCUUCCCCCGUGGUGACGACGAUGACGACGACGGCAAGACCGUCCGCAUCCUCGCCCGUGUCGUCUUUCGAACCCAACAAAUACGCCACUCGUGGACGGACAGCCGCUGUAGUAAUGACGGAGCCGGCGACGGGCGUGGCGGGAGCGUCGGCGCCGGCGAAGAAGCGGCAGGUGCAGCUAGAAGGGCUGGGGCUCAAAUUCCUAGUGCAGGAUGAAGAUGGAGAAGAGGGUGGCGGGCAUUCCGGCGGUACGGGGGGGGAGGAGGGGCGGGGUGAUGAUGCGGAGACGCCGGGGGCACGGCUGUCCACGCAAGGGCAAGACGUCGACGAAGGCCCUUUGUUGCGCGUGCGAGUUCGCUUGGAAGGAUCUCCAUGGUCCAGUCCCUUCGCCCUGGAUCAGGGUGGCAGCAAUCACGUGCUGGAGGUCAGCGGGAGGCCAAGGGAGUCGGCGACGGCGGCGGCGGCGGCGGAAGCAGCUGCGCCGGCAGGGCUUGUCUCGAAGCAGAAGUGGAAGCACAAGCACCAGCAGCACGCGCCGAAACUCGACCAAGUGCAAGAACAAGGGUGGGGUUGGGGUGCGGCCCGACGUCGGCGGCGGCGAGAGGAUGCGGCGAGGCAGGCGUUCGCGGUAGGGGUUAGCAUCAAGGCGGCCCCUGCGCCUUUUCAUCGCACGAAGGUGGUAGCUCUGGCUCCGCGCUACGUCAUCGUCAAUGCGACGGGACGGUCGAUACAGGUCCAACAGGCAGGGUCGCCCGCGGGCGUGGAGCCCCUGACGGUCGGCAGCGGUGGUCAGGCGGAGUUCCAUUGGCCUCGAGCAGGCGCCGGCAGCGGCUGGUUCGGGGGCACCGCCGCCGUCGGAGCAAAGAACCGUAGGAUGGUGCUUCGAUUCUGCGGCGGCAGCGGGGACGGAGAGGGGAGCUGGGACUGGUCCGGCGAGAUCCUGCCCGAGGGGGCGGGGGUGGGGGGGGGAGUGGGGAGAGGGGUUACCACCCUGCGCGUGAGGAACAGGGUCACCAGAGAGGUGGCGUUCGUCCGCGUCGGGACGUCGCUCAAGCGGUCCUCUGUGCACCUGGUGUUCCGAAAUGAGCUGCCGUCGUUCGCUCCUUAUCGAAUAGACAACUUCACGCACGAGACGCUGACACUGCGGCAGGUCGGUGGAACCGCGGUGGAAGCUCUCCUGCCCCGCCAGACUUGCACCUACAGCUGGGACGAGCCGCUGGGAGAGCGGUCGCUGAUCGUGGAGAGGUUGCUGGUGGAGGGUUACCUCGCGCCCGCCGCGGCCGCCGCGGCCGUUGCGGCCGGCGGGGGCGGCGGCGGUGGUAGCGGGGAUGCUGCCCCCAGCGCCUUCGUCGGUGUGUACGGCUUGGACCUCGUGCGGCCGCCUACCGUCGCGGGCAACAUGAGAGUAGCGGCGGCGGCAUCAUCGUCCAGCGGCGGCGGCGGUGGCGGGGGUGUAUCGCUGGAAGCCAGCGUGCGUUUGGCGGGGGUGGGCGUCUCGGUGAUUGACUCUUAUCCUAGGGAGUUGCUGUACCUGACGGUGGGGGACAUCGCGCUAGACUAUCUUCGGGAAGGGCAGAGCGAACGAGUGCGUGCGAACAUCGGCAAGCUCCAGAUCGACAACCAACUAGUGGUGACCCCUUACCCCGGACUCCUCUACCCGAUCGUCGAGGCCCUUCCCCCGCGGCACGCGGCCGUGAGGCGGCACCCUUCAGCGUCGGCGGCGACCCCGGCGACGCCGGCUGCGGUGCCGUUCGCGGCUAUGUUCGACAUAGGCGGCAUCGGCUCUUCGGGCUUUGGCACCGCGGGGAGGGAGGACGUGAGGGAGCGAGACAACGGCGGGGGCGUUGGCGGCGUUGGCGGCGGCCAGGCAGCAACAACAACAACAACGACGGCAGCGGCGGCGGCGGCGGCGACAGCGAGCUGCUUCGAGGUGAUCCUGCACCGCGACCUGGGCUACGCCUGGGUUAACUUCGUCCGCCUCGCCUCGGUCCGCCUGGCUCCCUUGGACGUGAACAUUGACGUCGCUCUUGUGGCAGCCUUGGCAGAAACGGCGAGCAGGGUUGCGGGCCUCAUGACGGAGGUCGACCCUGCCAGCAGUAGCAGUUCGGUGGGCGUGACGGUUCCGGGGGGAGGGAUAACGCGAAGAAUGUUGGACGUGCCCUACCCUGCCGAGAGUGCUGUCGAGGCUGCGGCCGAGAUUGCUCUGGCGGACAAGCUGUACUUCUCGGAGCUGGCCAUCAGCCCCAUUCGGGUGCAAGUUUCUCUGACCAGCAGAUCUGACGGAGUGCUCCAACACCUUCUGCCGCCGCCGGCGAGAAGCUCUGUCAACGCGGCCGCCGGUGCCGGCGGCGGCGGCGGCGGCGGCGGUGCGAUCUUGUUUGCGGUGCUGCGGGCGAUGGGGACGACCAUGAGCGAGAUCGAGAACGCACCCCUCCGCUUGAAGGCUGUGGUGCUGUCGCACACUUUCAUCACCAACCCCGACGAGCUUGUCCAGAUACUCGUCGCGCACUACCGGGGGCAGGCCGUGCGCCAAGUGUUCAGCGUGCUGGGUAGCUCUAAGGUUCUCGGCAGCCCGCUGGGUUUGCUCUCGAACUUGCAGGCAGGGGUCAAGGGCACGUCGAGCCUCGUCCGGCGCACCCUGUACUCGGUCACCGACACCACGGACCGCAUCGUGUCCUCGGUUUCCUCCGGCAUUCUCGCCUCCGGUGCGGUCGACGUGUCUGUUCGUGGCGGAACUGGCGUCGUCAGGCCCUUCGGCGCCCUCGAUGGCGUGAUGCUAGGGGUUGCCGGCGCCGUGCGCGAGCCGCUGAUGGGGCUGAGCCUGGGCGGUUUCUCGGGCAUGGUCACGGGGCUCUUCACGGGGUGGGUGGGUCUGGUCCUGAGACCCACCUACGGCGCCCUCAUGUCCACCUCUCAUGUCCUGUCCGUGUACUCUCGGUCGGAGAACAUCGGGGAGGAGCUCCUGUCGCGGGUCCACAUGGGAAGGUACCGCUCGGACGGCUACGUUUGGCACGCCGCCAUCGAGGACAUGAUCGUGCUCGUCACGGGCCGCCGCGUGCUCAUGCUCCACGGCGACGGCGGCGUCAAGGGCAGCGCCGACACCACCUCCUCCUCCUCGAGGACGAGACACACCUACGGUGUCGUGGAGUGGGAAGUCGAGUUCAGACUCGUGGUCUGGAUCGAAAUCGGCGGCGGGGGAGGUGGGGCGGAACCGCUGCCCCCCGCUCCGGCCCGCAAGCCCCGAGCCAGAGGCGGCAGCGGCAGCGGCGGCGGCGAUGGCGUUGGCGGUGGCUCGGAGGAGUCUACUUUGUCCAUCUACCACUUCCCGGACUUGGCGGCCGAGCCAAGUGGCAAAUGGGGUGCUGGAGGCGGACGAAGAGGAGGGGGAGGAGCAAGCAGCAGCUCUGCCGUUGCGGCGAUAAGACUCGAGCGACGUGUGGUGGCGUGCGUCGACCGCGGGCAGGCGCUGCAGAUUCACGGGGUGCUCUCGAAGCAGGUCUCGGCCCACGGCUGCUGCUUGCCCCCUUCGACUCGACCAAUACGGGGGGCCGAAUCUGACGGCGAUCCAAUGGUCGGGGUCUAGCCAGUCGCAGGGGCGGCAGAGAUUUGUUGGAGGGGAAC